AUGGUUCGAAUUGCGGCCGUCCGAGGCGCUGCGCACGCCCGACAGCUUUGCCAACGUUUGCCCACAUCCAAGAAGCCUACUCCUCUUGCCGGUAGCAUCCUCGCUGCUUCGCCGGCCGUCUCUUCCUCUGUCUCCGCGUCCGCCUCCAGCCGCCCCAGACACCUCUCCUCGACACGAACCCUCGACACCGCCACCACCACCUCGACACCGCCUUCGCCGUCACCGUCGCCCAGCAGCCGCAGCAUCGCCGAGCUGCCCGACCGCACCCACCCUCGGUACCUACAAAGCUCGAAGCCCGGCUCGUCGCUUCUCGUGCUCAACUGGCCGCGGCCCCCGCGCAACCUGUUGCUGGUCCAGAAGCUGUACGCGCCCGACGUGACCGAGUCCGUGAUCCGCUUCGCGCGCCACAUCCGCGCCGAGUACCCCGACGUCAACGUCGUCGUCGAGCCGCGUGUCGCCGACAUGAUCCAGAAGCACCUCCCCUUCGCGCUCUACGUGGCCGACCACCGCUCCAACAUCGCCGACAAGGUCGACGUGAUCGCGACGUUUGGCGGCGACGGCACGGUGCUGCGCGCGGCCAGCCUGUACAAGCUGCACGGGUCGGUGCCGCCCAUCGUCUCCUUCAGCAUGGGCACGCUCGGCUUCCUCGGCGAGUGGAGCUUCGCGGACCACAAGAAGGCCUGGCGCGAGAUGUACAUGAGCGGCAGCGACGUGCCCGAGGCCCGCGAGGCCGACUACCUGCAGCAGGGCGAGAAUAAUAACCUGACGCGGCGCCGCGGCGGCAACGGCGGCGGCGAGCACGAGGGCUGGGAGCGCAUGAAGGGCAAGUGCCUGGGCCACCAGCGGGCGUCGCGCGUGCUGCUGCGGCACCGCAUCAAGGCGGACGUGUACGACCGCGCGGGCAACAGCAUCAACCACCAGGUGUCGGACUCGCUGUCCGGCCAGUCGUCGGCCGUGGCGGAGCCGCAGGAGCCGUCGCCGUCGCUGCGGGCCAUCAACGAGAUCUCGCUGCACCGCGGCUCCCACCCGCAGCUCGCCGUCAUCGACAUCUACCAGAACGGGCACUUCCUGACGGAGACGACCGCGGACGGGAUCCUGGUCAGCACGCCGACCGGGUCCACCGCGUACAGCCUCAGCGCCGGCGGGCCCAUCGUCCACCCGCUCGUCCGCUCGCUGCUCAUCACCCCGAUCAGCCCCUGCAGCCUGAGCUUCCGCUCGCUGGUGCUGCCGCUGGACACGGCGGUGGUGCUGCGCACGAGCGCGCGGAACCGCGGGCGCGAGCUGGAUCUGAGCAUUGAUGGGAAGAGGUGCGGGGGGGUGAGGCCGGGGACGGAGAUUCGCGUGGAGGGCGAGUUCGUGGGCCGCGCGGGGCUGGGCGAGGAGUGGCACGGCGGCGUUCCGUGCGUGAUCCGCACGGAGGAGGACGAUCCUUGGGUGGGAGGGCUGAACGGACUGCUCAAGUUUAAUCAUCCGUUUGGAAGGGACCCGACCAUGGACGACAUAUCGGAUUGA